AUGGCACAUCCCUUAGGAGAGUUUGUGCGGCAAUCACAACCAUAUUCAAAACAACCAGCAAGCCGUCCUGGACAGAGGCCGGUGACGAAGAAGCCACGCCAACCAGUGUCACAACCUGUAGACGCGGAUGACCUGAGACGACGGCUCUACAUCGUCAUUUCGCAGAGGGACGCAGCAAAGGAGCAGCGACGGCAGGCCAGGGCAGAAGAAACGGCCAGGAAAGUCGGAGAAGAAGCUGAAGAAACGAAAGAAACAGAAUCGAGGGCAGCUGAGGGAAGAGGAGAAGGUACCGCGGCAUUACAAAAAGAUGUCAGCAGUAGCGCUCAGAACCCCGAUAUUUCUUUCUUGGAUGUGCCCUGGGUGCCGCCACAGCGUGUUGGCACCAGAUCUAAGAACACUUGGCCGGAGAAACUACCGGAAAGGUCAGACUCAGUCAGCAGACCGAACGAACCAUAUAUUCCCCAGCAGGCUGCAUCGCAGUUCGCCCGGACUGCUUCGGUGCACGUGCCUAGGGAUAAAAGCCGUAUACAUACAUUGUCGCACGAGGCAUUAAGAUUGCAUACGGAGAGCCUGUCCCUGGAUACCAGUAUAGGCCCGGCUGGGCAAGGUCGGGCCCUGCGCAAAGUGCAAAGCGAGAGAGAGAAGCUACGGGAGCGCAAUCAAUUUCAGAACAGUCGAAAACUGGAAGGCUCAAAUGAAGUAGAAGCGGCACGAAGAUCGAAGCAGAGACAUACCAUACCCAAUGAGAACAUAGCCGAUGUCAUAGCGGCAAGGAGCUUCAGCAUGCGACACUCGCUGCAGUGCGAUGAAAGAGAGAGGACCAGGUUCGUGGAGUCGGACGAGAAGAUUCCAGAAGACGAGGUAGUGCCGUUGACCGCAACAAUCAAUCCGAACGAUUACCGUAUGGUCGAUUGGACGCAAAGCGACGAGAUGGAGGAGAAGAGCCGGGGUUUGAGGAGCCCGUUGCUCAAAAAGGCGGACUCGCUAUGGGGACUGAAGGACAGGUUUGGACGACAUGGCCAUGAAAAAGGUACGACGAUGAACCUGACGGAAAGGGUCGAUACGAUCGUACCGAAGCCAGUCAAGUCGGGGAUUUGGACGAAGUUCAGGCGACACAUUGCUGCUGUUCAUGCUUGA